AUGACUGGCUGGCUGAUCUCUCUGAUGAGUGCUGAAAUACUACUUUUGGCAGUGUCUUCCCUGCGUUUCCACAUUGAGCCUGAAGAAGGUAGUCUUGCUGGGGGAACGUGGAUCACAGUCCUUUUUGAUGGUUUGCACUUAGAGCUCCUUUAUCCUACCAAUGGCUCUCAGCUGGAGAUCCACCUGGUGAACAUGGCUGUGCCUGGCCUGCCGAGCAUCCCUUGUGACGUCUCUCCUGUCUUCUUGGAUUUGCCACUGGUGAUGUGCAGGACCAGAUCCCUGCUGUCUGAAGCACAUGAGGGGCUGUACUACCUGGAAGUGCACUCUGGGGGACAGGUGGUAGGCAGCCCAAGUCCAGGACCGCGGGACAACUGUACUUUCCAGUUUUCCAGGGGGCAGACACCCAUUGUUUACCACGUUAUACCACCGAGUGGAGUGCCAGGAGAACUAAUACAUGUGUAUGGUUGGAUUAUCACUGGAAGACCAGAAACCUUUGAUUGCGAUGCGGAGUACAUUGAUAGUCCAUUGAUCUUGGAAGCUCAAGGAGACAACUGGGUCACAGCCUGCUCUCUUGUAAACAGGCAGACAGGAAGCUGCUAUCCUCUUCAGGAAGACCAUGGUUUUGGAACCCUGCAGUGCCGUGUGGAAGGCAACUACAUUGGCUCCCAGAAUGUUAGUUUCUCAGUAUUUAACAAAGGAAAGUCCAUGGUACACAAGAAUGCAUGGCUGGUCAGUGCUAAACAGGAGCUUUUCCUGUACCAGACAUAUUCAGAAAUACUAUCUGUGUUUCCAGAAUCUGGGAGCCUUGGGGGAAAAACAGACAUUAUAAUUACGGGAGACUUCUUUGACAAUCCUGCCCGGGUUACCAUUGCAGGCAUUCCGUGUGAUAUUAGACAUGUGUCUCCCAGGAAGAUUGAGUGCACCACUAGGGCUCCAGGAAAAGGUGCAAGACUCACUGCUCCUCAGGCAGGCAAUCGAGGGCUGCUUUUUGAAGUUGGAGAUGCUGCUGAGGGCUUGGAUCUGACUGCAGCCACUUCUGGGUACUGGUGGCAGAUUGUCCCUAAUGCCAGUUCUCCAUUUGGAUUUUGGUCAAAAGAAGGGCAACCCUUCAGAGCACGGCUCAGUGGAUUCUUUGUGGCUCCAGAGACCAAUAAUUACACUUUCUGGGUCCAGGCUGAUGAUCAAGCUUCCCUGUACCUCAGUCAGUCAGAGGACCCAAGGACCAAGGUGAAAGUGGCCUCCAUCAGCAUGGGCACUGCUGACUGGUUUGAUGCCUGGGAGCAUCAUGGGAAUGAAGGGACCUGGCAGCGGAAGACUCCCAAAUUAGAGCUGGUUGGUGGCACCAGGUACUACCUGGAAGCAGAGCAUUAUGGGAGAGUCCCCAGCAGGGGAAUGAGAAUUGGUGUCCAAAUCCACAACACCUGGCUGAACCCCGCUGUGGUCAGCACUUACCUCUGGGAGAAGCAUCAGAUCCGAAUCCGUGCCCAGAGACUUCCGGAAAUCCAGAUGCUGACUCUGUCUGGCAGAAGGAACUUCUUCCUUACGUGGGACAAUGUCUUUAGCCAGCCAGUCCCUGAAAAUGCCACAGCCCAUCAGAUUCAAGUAGCUAUUGAGAAGUUACUUGCAGUCAAAUGCCAACUGGAACCCCUUUCGGCCAACAUCCUACUCUGGCUUGGAUUUGAACAAGGUCCAGAAGGUUCCAGCUUUGAGGGGGACCUCACCAGUGCGACAGAGCCCUACUGUGGGAGAUUCAGCCUCCACCAGCCUCGACACCUUGUCCUAACACCCCCGGCUGCCCAGAAGGGCUACUGGCUAGAUCGGUACACACACUUGUGCAUUGCAUACAGAGGCCACACGACUAACAUCCUGAAGGUGACCGUGGUUUUCACAACUGACUUUCAAAACUUUGUUAAGAAGAACGCCACCUGUGACUGGAGUCUCAUAGGGACCAGUCCCAACAGCUGGCAGUUCACUUGCAUUGACCUCUGGGAGUCUUGUGUGCACGAGUAUUCGCAGCUGCCUCUGGCAAACUCCUCUGUGUUGGUUCAUCAGAUUGACCUCCUCCCUCUGUCUCAGGAGACGAGUGGGUUCUAUGUGGAUGAAAUUAUUAUUGCGGACACAAAUGUAACAGGGACGCCCAAUAUUUGGGAGGUUGAGAUUGUGUCCUGGAAACACGGCGGACUACUUGGUCUUCGAGAUGGAGUCCUGUUCUUUCUAGAGUGGCACUUCUUGAUGGUUACUGUGGUUAAUGCUUUGGUUUUAACAUGCCACAGCUCUCUGCCCACUGGAGGUGAAGAAGAAGAACCCAUGCUGGUCCAGGUGACAACACAGAGAAUACAGAGGGCAAGUCCACCUUUAGGAGGAUACUUCCGCAUCCAACUCCCUACUACAGUGAUUCCUGAUGUUCCUGUGAGUAUUUCAGCUAGUCACCUGCGCAAGCUCUUACAGAACAAUGCCGAUAACUUUACAUCUAGGUACCUCAACGUCAGUGACUUCACUGUAAUGGAGGAUCUGAAGUCUUGCUAUGAACGUGUGUGGACCCUCUCCUGGUCCAACCAGGUUGGAGAUUUGCCCAAUUUCAUCAGGGUCUCUGAUGAGAAUCUAACUGGAGUGAACCCUGAGGCAACCAUGCGUGUGGUCUAUGAUGGUGGAGUUUUUCUUGGACCCAUAUUUGGAGACAUGUUGGUUACUGCCAACCAGUGCACUCAGGUGGUUGUGCACGUGAAUGACAUACCAGCCCAUUGCUCAGGUUCCUGUUCUUUCCAGUACCUUGAAGGGUCAACUCCCCAGGUCCACUCUGUGUGGUAUUCCCUUGAUGGUGACAAGGACCUACUAGUUUAUAUUUUUGGAACUAGUUUCUCUAUUGACCCUCAGGCCUUGGAUGUUACAGUGAACAAAACGAAUUGCAGAGUUAUUUUCUCAAACCAAACGAAUGUGGUCUGUCAGACACAGCAGCUACCUGUUGGAAUGCAUCCAAUCUCCAUGUUGGUGAGACCUUCUGGUCGUGCCAUAAAUGCUAGUGGUGAAGGCCUCUUCCUACACGUGGAACCAAGAUUGGAUGCUGUGGAACCUUCUAGAGCUGCAGAAAUUGGAGGGCUCUGGGCCACUGUCCAAGGCUCUGGUUUGGAAGAUGUUAGCCUGGUGUUAUUUGGAUCUCAGUCUUGUGCCAUCAAUAUCACCACAAACAAUUCAAGAAGAAUUCAAUGCAAAGUUCCACCCAGAGGGAAAGAUGGACCCAUUGUGAAUGUGACUGUGAUCAGAGGGGACCAUUCUGCUGUUCUUCCCAUGGCAUUUACAUACGUCUCCUCUUUAAAUCCAGUGAUCAUUUCUCUGAGCAGAAACACAAGCAGUAUAGCAGGAGGUGAGACCCUCUUUAUUGGAAUGGCACUUCUGGUGAACUACACAGAUUUGGAUGUGGAAGUUUGCAUCCAAGACACCGUGGCUCUGGUUCAUGUACAAAUGGCUCGGGGUCUGGAGGUGGUGCUGCCCCCGCUGCCUGUCAGUCUCCAUAGAAUCUCAGUCUCCAUCAAUGGGGUCAGCAUUCGCUCACAAGGGGUUGAUCUUCACAUCCGGUACAUCACAGACGUUUUCAGCAUGGAGCCUUGCUGUGGUUCUCUUCUGGGUGGAACCAUCCUCAGCAUCUCGGGAAUAGGGUUCAGCAGGGACCCAGCGUUGGUUUGGGUGCUUGUGGGUAAUCGGUCCUGUGACAUCGUGAACUCUACAGAGUCGAUCAUCUUGUGUGAGACCCCACCCGCUGCCCUGCUGCCUGAUGCAAGCGUUCCUGCCCUGCCAGCCCCUGUGGAGGUCUGGGCUGGCAAUGUGUCCUUUGCCCAAGGACCUUCACCAAGCCCUGUGGGGAAGGGCUUUACCUUCAUGUAUGAAGCAGGAGCAACACCAGUGGUCACUGCCAUGAGAGGAGAAAUCACGAAUAGCAGCCUGAGGCUCUAUGUGGAGGGAAAUAACCUGUCCAACUCAGUGAUCCUUCUGGGGGUCUUGAACUGUGAUCUUAAGACACAGUUUUUAAGGAACAACAUGAGCCUGUCUUGGUGCUCUUUUCCUCUUCACCAUUUGGAGGCCGGCAUCUAUCCUUUCCAAGUUCGUCACAAGCAGAUGGGGUUUGCUAACAUGUCUGCAGUGCCCCAGCAAUUUGUGAUGACACCUCGGAUAACAGCUAUCUGGCCAACACAUGGGUCUGCUUGUGGUGGGACAAUACUCACAGUGAGGGGACUAGCUCUCAAGUCUAGGAAUAGGUCAGUUCAUGUUGACCUUUCAGGGCCUUUUACUUGUGUGAUUUUGAGCUUGUGGGACCAGACAGUCCUGUGCCAGAUUAACAGAGUGGGCGACCCCUUGCCUGAUGCUUCCUUCACCCUGAACAUCACAGUCCUGGUCAAUGGGCUACCCAGUGAGUGUCAGGGCAAUUGCACUUUUUUCUUUCAGGAAGAGACAACGCCCAUUGUGGAUGCCUUGACCACUAACAUCAGUGGGUCUCUGACCAUGGUGCUGAUUAGGGGUCAGAUGUUGGGCAUCACAGCAGAUGAACCAAUGGUGUUUGUGGAUAAUCACCUUCCCUGCGUUGUAACUUUCUUUAAUGCAAGCCAUGUUUCAUGCUGGAUAAGUGACUUGACCCCAGGACUCCACUAUGUAUCCGUUGUUCAUACAAGAAAUGGAUAUGCUUGUUUUGGUAAUGUUUCCAGACACUUCUACAUUUUGCCUCAAGUGUUUCAUUAUUUCCCCAAGAAUUUCAGCAUACAUGGUGGAAGCCUCUUGACCAUGAAGGGCACAGCUCUGAGAGGAGAGAACAGCACACUAGUCUACAUUGGCCAGCAGGCCUGCCUGACAGUGAGCAUCAGCACCAAGCUCAUCCAGUGUGUUGUUCCUGCGGGAAAUGGCUCUGUUGCCCUGGUCAUAGAGGUAGAUGGACUUUCAUACCAGAUGGGAGUCAUUGGUUACAGCAAUGCCUUCACCCCAGAAUUCAACUCUAUGUCUCAGACUGAUGACAUCUUAACCUUUGUGGUGGCCCAGAUCUCAGGAGCAGCAAAUGUUGACAUUUUUAUUGGGAUGUCACCCUGUGUGGGUGUCUCUGGCAACCGCACGGUUCUCCAGUGUGUGGUCACAUCCCUUCCUGCUGGGAAGUACCCAGUCAGAGGUUACGACCGCUCAAGAGGGUGGGCCUCAUCUGUCCUGGUGUUCACAUCUACAGUCACUAUUUUGGCAGUAACUGAGAACUUUGGCUGCCUGGGUGGAAGCCUUGUGCAUGUGUUUGGAGCAGGAUUUUCUCCAGGGAACAUCUCAGCUGCUGUGUGUGGUGCUCCCUGCCAAGUCUUGGCUAAUGCUACGGUGUCAGCCUUUAGCUGCUUGGUUCUGCCCCUGGAUGUGUCCUUGGCUUUCCUGUGUGGCCUGAAGCACGAGGAAGAGACCUGUGAAGCCUCCAGCUGCACCUAUGUGCAGUGUGAUUUGACUGUCACCGUGGGGACAGAGAGACUGCCCCAAUCAUGGCCUUACCUGUACGUUUGUGAAGAAGGUCCCCAAUGCCUCUUGGCACCAGAUCAUUGGACAGAGUCAAUGUUUCCAUGGUUCUCAGGCCUCUUCAUCAGCCCUAAAGUGGAAAGAGAUGAAGUUCUCAUCUAUAAUAGCUCCUGUAACAUUACCAUGGAAACUGAGGCAAAGAUGGAGUGUGAGACGCCUAAUCAGCCAAUUACCGCCAAGAUUACUGAGAUACGGAAAAGCCGGGGCCAGAACACUCAGGGCAACUUUUCCUUUCAGUUCUGCCUGAGAUGGUCAAGGGCUUACAGUUGGUUUCCUGAGAGAGUGCCACAAGAUGGCGACAAUGUCACAGUGGAGAAUGGCCAAUUGCUACUGCUUGACACCAACACAAGCAUCCUCAGCUUCCUGCACGUUAAAGGAGGCAAGCUGAUUUUCAUGGAUCCAGGACCCAUUGAGCUCAGGGUACACUCCAUCCUCAUUUCUGAUGGUGGGGAGCUCCGGAUUGGAUCCAAGGACAAGCCCUUCCAAGGCAAAGCCGAGAUCAAACUCUACGGGAGUUCUCACUCUACCCCUUUCUUUCCAUAUGGUGUCAAGUUCCUGGCUGUGAGGAGUGGAACACUUUCCCUGCAUGGUUCGCUACCAGAAGUAACUGUCACCCAUCUUCGAGCAGCUGCCUAUGCCAGUGACAAAGUGUUGGCUCUGGAAGAUGCUGUGGACUGGCACUCUGGGGAUGAAGUUGUUAUCAUCAGUGGAAUAGGUGUCAAAGGUGCAAAACCCAUUGAAGAGAUGGUCAUUGUGGACACUGUGCACACUACAGACCUCUAUCUGAGAUCACCCUUGAGAUAUUCACACAACUUCACAGAGAGUUGGGUGGCUGGAGGACGCCAUAUUUUAAAGGUCACAGUGGCGCUGCUCAGCAGGAGAGUUACCAUACGAGGAAAUCUCACUACUGAGAGGAUGAAGCACCUUGCUUCAUGCCAGGAGGCCAGUGGUUCAGAAGGUAAUUUACAAGACUGUUUAUAUUCCAAGAGUGAGAAGAUGCUGGGAUCCAGGGAUCUGGGGGCCAGAGUCAUUGUUCAGUCUUUCCCAGAGGAGCCCAGUCGGGUCCAGUUGAAGGGAGUGCAGUUCCGGGACUUGGGGCAAGCCUUCCAUCGGCAACUGAGCUCACUGACUCUGGUGGGAGCUCUGAGAGAUUCCUAUAUCCAGGGCUGCACAGUGUGGAGCUCUUUCAGUAGAGGCCUCAGCAUGUCAAGGACCUUUGGCCUGAAGGUGGACAGUAAUACAUUCUACAAUAUUUUAGGCCAUGCCCUGCUUGUGGGUACAGACAUGGACAGAAGAUAUACCUCUUGGGAGGCUACUUCUGAAAGAAAAAUUGCCUGGCCAGUACAGGGAAAUAUAAUAAGAAACAAUGUGAUCAUCAGUGUUUCUGGCAUCGAAGGACUCUCCAGUCCUGAAAUGUUGACGCCAUCUGGUAUCUAUAUUCGCAAUCCCACCAACGUUGUCGAGGGAAACAGGGUGUAUGUUGCUGGUUUGGGCUACUUUUUUCAUCUUGUGACCAGCCAGGCAUCACAAUCUCCACUUCUCUCCUUCAGUCAGAAUAUUGCACAUUCUUGUACAAGGUGUGGCCUCUUUGUAUACCCUCAAUUUCAGCCACCUUGGGAUAAUGGCAAGGGCCUCACCGUGUUCCAAAACUUCACGGUUUGGGGAAGUGCAGGUGGUGCCCAGAUUUUUAGAAGUAGCAAUCUUCACCUGAAAAACUUCCAAGUUUAUUCAUGCAGAGAUUUUGGAAUUGACAUCUUGGAAAGUGAUGCAAAUACUUCAGUUACUGACAGCUUAUUACUUGGUCAUUUUGCUCACAAGGAAAGCCAGUGUAUGUCAGCUGGGAUCAAAACUCCCAAGAGAUGGGAACUGAUAAUAUCUAACACAACCUUUGUUAAUUUUGAUCUCACUGACUGUGUGUCCAUCAGGACCUGUUCUGGCUGUUCCCAAGGACAAGGUGGAUUUCCUGUGAAGACCGACCAGUUGAAAUUUAUAAACUCGCCAAAUUUAGUAGCAUUUCCAUUUCCUUAUUCAGCAAUUUUGGAAGACAUGGAUGGGUCUCUGUCUGGGAGAAAUAGAAGUCAUAUUCUUGCUUCUAUGGAAACCCUUCCAGCUUCUUGUUUGGUCAACGCAAGCUUCAGUCAGAUUGUUCAUGGCAGUGUCUGUGGGGAAGAUGUUCACUUUCAUCGUAUGUCUAUUGGUUUAGCUAAUGCUCCAGAUGUUCCUUAUGAUUUAAUAAUGACUGACAGCAGAAAUAAGACAACCAUAGUCAAUUAUGUACGUGACACAUUGUCUAACCCUUAUGGCUGGAUGGCUCUGCUCUUGGAUCAAGAGACUUACUCAGUGCAGUUUGAGAACCCUUGGAUCAACAGAUCUCUGCAGUACUCAGCAACGUUUGGCAACUUUGCGCCUGGGAAUUACCUCCUGCUCGUGCACACAGUCUCGUGGCCUUACCCUGACAUCCUCAUAAGGUGUGGGAGUCGGGUAGGGCAGUCCCUUCCAUCUCUGCCAUCACCUGGUCAGGACCAAGGUUGUGACUGGUUCUUCAAUACCCAGUUGAGGCAACUCACCUAUCUGGUUUCAGGUGAAGGCCAAGUCCAAGUGACUCUCCAGGUGAAGGAAGGUGUGCCCCCUACUAUUUCAGCUUCUACCUCUGCACCUAAGUCAGCUUUAAAAUGGUCCCUUCCUGAAGCAUGGAUAGGCCUUGAAGAAGGCUGGGGAGGACACAACCAUACCAUUCCAGGUCCUGGGGAUGACGUCCUGAUUUUACCCAACAGGACUGUCCUUGUGGAUAUGAAUCUUCCAUUCCUCAAAGGCCUCUAUGUGAUGGGGACUUUAGAAUUCCCUGUGGACAGAAGCAAUGUUCUGAGUGUGGCAUGCAUGGUCAUUGUAGGCGGGGAGCUGAAAGUUGGUACUUUGGAAAAUCCCUUAGGAAAAGAGCAAAAGCUUCUGAUUCUCCUUAGAGCCUCAGAAGGAGUUUUCUGUGACCGUUUCAAUGGAAUUCAUGUUGAUCCAGGAACAAUUGGGGUAUAUGGGAAAGUCCAACUUCAUGGUGCUUGUCCUAAGAAAUCCUGGACCCGUCUUGCAGCCGACAUCGCCCCAGGCAACGAGAGAAUUAUAGUUGAGGACACAGUGGAUUGGCAACCCCAUGACAAAAUCAUCCUUAGCUCCUCUUCUUAUGAGCCUCACGAAGCAGAAGUCCUCACUGUGAAAGAAGUCAAGGCUCACCAUAUUAGGAUCUAUGAACGGCUCAAACACCGACACAUUGGAAGCGUCCAUGUCAUGGAGGAUGGCCGAUACAUUCGUUUGGCUGCAGAGGUUGGACUUUUGACCCGAAAUAUACAAAUCCAGCCUGAUUCAUCAUGCAGGGCGAGACUACUUGUGGGGUCCUUUAGAAAGUCCAACAGUGAAGAAUUUUCAGGUGUUCUUCAACUUUCAAAUGUGGAAAUUCAGAACUUUGGGUCGCCAUUGUAUUCAUCCAUUGAACUUACUAAUGCAUCAGAAGGAUCCUGGAUAAUUUCUUCUACUCUGCACCAAAGCUGUGGUGGGGGCAUUCGUGCUGCAGCCAGCCAUGGGAUCGUUCUAAAUGACAAUAUAGUGUUUGGCACAGUUGGCCAUGGCAUAGAUUUGGAGGGUCAGAACUUCUCUCUCUCUAAUAACCUAUUGGUUCUGAUGACACAGUCAUCAUGGUCCACUGUUUGGGUGGCAGGAAUCAAAGUGAACCAGGCAAAGAACAUCAACCUCUUUGGCAAUGUCGUGGCAGGAUCAGAAAGACUGGGCUUUCAUAUCCGAGGGUACAGGUGUUCCUCUCCUGAAGCUCAUUGGUCUGACAAUGUGGCCCACUCAAGCCUCCAUGGCCUUCAUCUCUAUAAGGAAAAUGGACUAGACAACUGUACCGGUAUUUCUGGCUUCUUAGCUUUUAAGAACUUUGACUACGGUGCCAUGCUACAUGUGGAAAACAGUGUGGAGAUAGAGAACAUCACUCUGGUAGAUAAUGCUAUUGGUCUUUUGGCAACAGUAUACAUGUCUUAUGCUCCUCAGAGGCACAUUGAAAAUUUACAGAUUGUACUUAGGAAUUCAGUCAUUGUGGCCACUAGCUCUUCUUUUGAUUGCAUUCAGGACAGAGUCAAACCUCGCGCUGCCAAUGUGACUUCAACAGAUCGAGCUCCUUCCAAUCCAAGAGGAGGUCGAGUUGGGAUUUUAUGGCCUGUAUUCACCUCAGAACCAAAUCAGUGGCCUCAGGAGCCCUGGCACAGAGUCAGGAAUGACCAUUCAAUUUCAGGAAUUAUGAAAAUUCAAGAUGUCACCUUUUCUAGUUUUGUGAAGAGUUGCUAUAAUGAUGACCUAGAUGUCUGCAUCCUGCCCAAUGUAGAGAACACUGGAAUCGUGCAUCCUAUUACAGCAGAGAGGACCAGGAUGCUAAAUAUCAAAGAUAAUAACAAGUUCUACUUUCCUCCUUUGCAGACCAGGAAAAGUUUAGGAAUACUGGUCUGCCCUGAAUCAGAUUGUGAAGAUCCAAGAAAAUAUCUCUUUAAGGAUCUGGAUGGGAGAGCCCUAGGUCUGCCACCACCAGUUUCUGUAUUCCCUAAAACGGAGGCAGAAUGGACUGGAUCCUUCUUCAACACAGGUACAUUUAGAGAAGAACAGAAAUGCACAUACCAACCCUUCAUACUAGGCUACAUCUGCAAACAAACUGACCAGGUGAUCUUAAUUCUUGACAAUGCUGAUGCCACUUGGACAAUGCAGAAGUUAUAUCCAGUUGUAUCUGUUACUAAUGGUUUUGUUGACACCUUUAGUAGUGUAAAUGCCAAUACCCCUUGUUCUACUUUAGGGUCUGUAUCUAGUUUCUAUUCCAUUUUACCCAUCAGGGAAAUCACCAAGGUGUGCUUUGUGGAUCAGACUCCCCAAGUUUUGCGUUUUCUUCUGUCGGGGAACAAAAAUACCUCCAAGCUUCUCUUAGCUAUAUUCUACCAUGAACUCCAGAGCCCCCGUGUUUUCAUAGGGGAAAGUUUCAUUCCACCUGUUCUGGUUCAAUCAACUUCCUCAUUGCUGGAUGAGUCUUCUGGUUCCAACUAUUUCAGCAUAUUGGAUAACCUCUUGUAUGUUGUCCUACAAGGACAAGAGCCUAUUGAAAUACGCUCAGGUGUUUCCAUUCAUUUGGCCUUCACUGUGAUAUUUCCAGUCCUAGAAAAAGGCUGGGAAAUCCUCAUCCUUGAAAGACUAACUGACUUCUUGCAAGUUAGCCAAAACCAAAUCAGAUUUAUUCAUGAGAUGCCUGGCAGUGAAGCAACCUUAAAGGCCAUUGCUGACAAUAAAGCAAAGAGAAAGCUCAAUUGCCCAACUGUGACUUGUGCCAGUCAUUACAGAGUUGGUCAACGUAGACCUCUUAUGAUGGAAACGAGCUCAUAUAGGAUUCCGCCACCAACUACUAUGGAAACCAUCUCAAAAGUAGUAGUCAUUGAAAUUGGUGACCUGGCAACAAUAAGGAGCACUGGACUGAUUUCAUCUUUAUCAAGUAAGAAAUUACAGAAUUUGGCUCACCAGAUUAUCACUGCUCAACAAACUGGAGUACUAGAGAAUGUUCUGAAUACAACUAUUGGUGCCUUACUGGUAACUCAGUCAAAGGGAAUCACUGGCUAUGGAAAUACAAGCAGUUUUAAAACUAGGAAUUUGAUAUACAUUCGGCCCCAUGCUCUCUCAGUUCUGGUCCAGCCUUCGGAUGGAGAAGUGGGAAAGGAACUUAGGGUACAACCACAGCUUGUUUUUCUGGAUAAGCAGAAUCAGAGAAUAGAGUCCUUGGGGCCUCCCUCAGAGCCUUGGGCCAUUUCUGUUUCCCUGGAAGGGACAUCAGAUUCAGUGCUGAAAGGGUGUACUCAGGCAGAAAGUCAAGAUGGUUAUGUGAGCUUCUCCAACUUGGCAGUUUUGAUCUCUGGGUCAAAUUGGCACUUUAUUUUUACUGUCACUUCCCCUCCAGGGGCCAAUUUUACAGCUCGAUCAAAGUCAUUCGUUGUCUCACCUGCAACCAUGUCAGAGAAGUCAACCAUCAUCUUGGCUGUUUCCCUGUGCUCAGUGGCCUCAUGGCUGGCUCUAUGCUGUCUGGUGUGCUGUUGGUUUAAGAAAAGCAAAAGCAGAAAAAUAAAAAGUGGAGAUAUUUCUGAAUUCCAGACCAAUGGUCAAAAGAAUCACAUCCACAUCUCAUCCAAACGUCAAGGAUCGCAUGUAGAGACUGAAAAGGAAGACGCCAUGAUGGGAGAAGAUAAGAAGAUGAAGGUGAUGGUGGACAAACUGAACCAGCUCCCCCACCAGUCACUGAAUGGAGUGUCCAGAAGGAAGGUCGGCCACCGUGCUGUCCAGAAGGAGGUUGGCCGCCAAGAAGAGGCUGUUGCUCCUGCUCUUGGUCUUACCAGCGUCCCAUCCCAGGGGCACACAUGUGCUCCAGGCUCUCUUGCUCAGCAGGUAUACCUGCAGGAGACUGGGAACUGGAGGGAGACCCAAGAACAGUUGGUCAGAUACCAGCUGGCAGGCCAAGAUCAGCAGUUACUGCUCUGCCCAGACUUCAGACAAGAGAGGCAGCAAUUGCAGGGGCAGAGCCAAUUGGGCAAAGAAAGAGGCAGUGUGGGGCUUUCUCAAGAGAAGAAAGACUCUUGUGGUACUACCCAGGCAUUCUCUCUUCAUUCAGUUCACCCAGAAACUAUUCAGGAACAGCUGUGA